UUUUCAUAAUCUUCUCUUCUCCUUGUCCAUUUGAUUCUCCCAAACAACCGUCGUAUCUAAAAACAUCGACACAGAAUGUUUUAAAAUAAAGGGACCCUAUUCUGUAUUUUCCAUUUGAUUUCAAAGGGGACGUAACAUUAACGUGGGAACUUCCCUACCUACCACACACCUUUCUCGGCCGUUCUUCCCAUUUCCCCUUCCUGUUUGGCCGUUACCGUCGCCACUGGUCAAUGAUCAUUCCUACUGCCUUCCACGCCCUCAAAUCCUCAAGGUCAAUAUCUUGGUCUCCGACGGGUAGGCUUCAGCAAACCUUGGCGGGAUGUCUGGAGCUGAGUGGGAUAUCUCUGCAUUCUGGGAAGGUUUCGAAAGUGAAGUUAUGUCCCGAGUUUGCUGGCAGAGGGAGGUAUUUUGAUUUCAAAUCCAACUUCAUUCCUGCAUCGAUCGAUUAUGCCGAAGACUCGCCUCUUUGCACCACGCUUUCUAAGGAUGGGUUUAAAAUUCGAACUGUUGAGCAUUUGCUUUCUGCCAUGGAGGCCAUGGGGGUUGACAAUUGUAGGAUCGAGAUAACGAAUGAAGAUGCCAAAGACAGUGAAGUCGAGGUUCCAAUUUUUGAUGGAUCUGCGGGUAAAUGGGUGGAUGCAAUAGAGGAGAUUGGUCUUAAGUUGGCUAUAGACCAGUGUGGCAACUUCUGUGAAAAAAUGGCACCACAUGUAAAUCAACCUGUCCAUGUGUGGAGGAAUGACUGUUUUCUUAUUGCUUUUCCAGCCACAGCAGUUCGUAUAACUUACGGAAUCAACUUUCCUCAGGUGCCUGAAAUUGGCUGCCAGUGGUUUUUUACUGCCCCUUUGGACAACAAGUUCUAUGCUGAGCAAAUAGCCCCAUCAAGAACCUUUUGCAUUUAUGAGGAGGUUGGUGUAGAGCAAAUGCGUAAUAUGGGACUCAUUAAAGGAGGCUCAAUAGAAAAUGCUUUAGUUUGCAGUGUCAGCAAAGGUUGGAUCAAUCCCCCCUUGCGUUUUCAUGAUGAACCUUGUCGUCACAAGGUUUUAGAUUUAAUUGGCGAUCUGUCACUUUUUGCACGGUUGGGCAGUCAAGGGAUUCCAGUGGCACACUUGGUGGUUUACAAGGAUAUAGAUCAGAUUGCUGGAUUUAUCUUGAUGCAGGGUGGUCAUGCUACACACGCCAAUUUUGUUCGCUGCUUAUUGGAAAACAUUUAAGUGGACAAACAGCUGUUUUCCCUUGCAAAAGUGUAAAAAUGUUCUGCAAUUGAGGUAAUGAAGUCUGACAUUUCUCUUUCAGUUGCGUGACGAAAGAACCUUUAGGGGCCGUUUGGAGAAGGGUUAGGUUAUGGGGGUUAGUUAGGGUUAUGAUAAACCUAGGAUUAUGAUAAGAUGUGUUUGAGGGAAAAGUUAUGGAGGAAGUGUAAUAAUAAUGUGUUUGGGAGAAGGGUUAUGUGGGUAGGGUUAUGAUAAUAUUAUGAUAAGAUAGAUGUGUUUGGAGGAAAAGUUAUGUAGGUAGUGUUAAGAAAUUUGAUAUAUAUA